CUCUUCUUCUGUGCAUUAUGUUGAAUAAUAAUCAGUGUAUGACAGCAGCACUAGAUAUAAUGUGUGUGUUGUGUUCAGAUCUUCAGGUGGAGUCUCCUGAGAGAGUGACAGAGGGAGAUUCAGUCCGUCUGACAUGUAAAAGCAGCUGCACUCUGACUGACAGAGCAACAUUCAUCUGGUACAGAAACUCACAGCCAUUAACUGAGAGAAGAGACACAAACAAUGAACUCCUGCUGCAGUCAGUCAGAAGAGAGGAUGCAGGCAGAUAUAGCUGUGCUGUACACGGACACAAUCACAUCUCUCCUGCUGUUCAGCUCAAUGUCAUGUACCCUCCAAAGAGUGUCUCAGUGUCCAUCAGUCCAUCUGGUGAAAUAGUGUCAGGAGAUUCAGUGACUCUGAACUGCAGCAGUGAUUCAAACCCUCCUGCAGAAAUCAGCUGGUUUAAAGGAGGAAAGUUUGUAGGAUCUGCAAGAAUCUUCAACAUCUCAAAGAUCAGCUCAGAUGACAGUGGAGAAUACAAGUGCAGAUCCAAAAAUCAACAUGGAGAGAAAUACUCUGAUGCUGUGACUUUAAAUGUCAUGUGUGAGUUAAUGAUGGUUCAGUAA